AUUCCUCACCAAAACACAUUUUCUUUCUCUUCUCUGAAUCCAAUUACUUUGUGUUGAAUUCAAUAUGAGUCUUAAGGGAUUUUUCGAGGGUGGUGUCGCUUCCAUCGUCGCAGGCUGCACCACUCACCCACUCGACCUCAUCAAAGUUCGAAUGCAACUUCAAGAAACCCACACUCUCCGCCCAGCCUUUGCCUUUCACGGUCCCACUCCAAUGCCUCCUCCGCCGCCCUCCGGCCCCAUCUCCGUCGGCCUCCGCAUCGUUCAGUCGGAGGGACUCGCCGCUCUUUUCUCCGGCGUCUCCGCCACCGUCCUCCGCCAGACGCUCUACUCCACCACCCGCAUGGGCCUCUACGACGUCCUCAAGCGCCACUGGACCGACCCCGACCGCGGAACCAUGCCCCUCACAAGAAAAAUCACGGCCGGGCUCGUCGCCGGCGGGAUCGGAGCCGCCGUGGGCAACCCCGCCGACGUGGCGAUGGUGCGAAUGCAGGCCGACGGGCGCCUCCCGCCGGCGGAGCGUCGCAACUACAACGGCGUGUUCGACGCGAUACGGCGCAUGAGUAACCAAGAAGGCGUUGGUAGCCUGUGGCGCGGUUCAGCGCUUACGGUGAACCGCGCGAUGAUCGUUACGGCUUCUCAGUUGGCCUCGUACGACCAGUUUAAGGAAAGCAUUUUAGGACGCGGCUGGAUGGAGGACGGGCUUGGGACCCACGUGUUAGCGAGUUUUGCGGCGGGUUUUGUGGCCUCGAUUGCGUCGAACCCCAUUGAUGUUAUAAAGACUAGGGUGAUGAACAUGAAGGCUGAGGCUUACAAUGGGGCCUUGGAUUGUGCUCUCAAGACUGUUAGGGCCGAAGGACCUCUUGCCCUUUAUAAGGGUUUCAUCCCUACAAUUUCAAGGCAGGGUCCUUUCACCGUUGUCCUCUUUGUCACCCUCGAACAAGUCAGGAAGCUCUUCAAGGACUUUUGAAUUUUUUAUUCAUUCGGACACCUUCUCACCAUUCACUAAUCGAUAUUCAUUCUCUAAUUGGUUGAGAUACAUAUUCAUUCUUUUUUUUUUUUUUUAGGGAUUAGUUAUUGAGGUUUUGGAACUUUCGAUGACUACCUUCUUGAGAUUCAUAUAUGAUUAUUCUAAUUUCAUCAAAUAUAUUUACCAACAAUGUAAAACAUUAAACUGGUAUAGAAAUUCAGACUUAAUUUCUUCAA